AUGCUGUCAAUAGCAGUGCUUUUCAUUGUGGCUAAAGGCAUUGAAACGUCUGGAGGACUGGAGUAUGUUUCUAAGUUUCUUUUCAGCACCAAAACUGGGAAAAAGUCCAAGUCGUUCCUCGUUAGAGGCAGCGAAAACAGCAUCGUCUGGGUCCUUCUGAAGUUCACCGUGCCAGUUGCCCUCUUCAGCGCGUUUCUUGCCAAUAUUCCUCUUGUCGCUAUGAUGAUACCUCCAAUUGUGGAGUUCUCCAAGAAGGUGAACAUUUCGCCCUCGAAGAUGCUGAUUCCGCUGAGCUACGCUGCACUGCUUGGAGGGACCUUGACCUUAAUUGGUGCAUCAACGAACUUGAUGGUCACCUCGAUGGCUGCAAAGAAACUCCCGGAGUUGACCAUGAACAUUUUUGAAAUUGGAAUUGUGGGAGUUCCCACAACAGUUGCCGGAAUAUUGUACUUACUAGCAUUCUCCGGGAAGUUAUUGCCCGACAGGCUGGCCAUGCAAGCCACUAACAUCAACGCGAGAGAAUAUACUGUUGUUCUGGUUGUGAAGCCCUCCUCCUCCCUUUGUCGAAAGAGUGUGGAGCAGACAGGCGUGCAAAAUCAGCCUGGAUUGCAGCUGCUUCAUGUGGACCGUGACGGGGUUGUGACUUCAGACCCACCCUCUGACUUCAUUGUUCAGGCAAAAGACAAGCUUCAUUUCUGUGGCGUCAUCGACUCCAUUCUCUCGUUGACGCAGCUUGAUGGAUUAGCGCUGUCCGAGGAUGAGGGUCAAGAGCAAGUUGACCUCAACAAACUCCGACCAAAUCAAUUUUUGGUCGAGGCUGUUGUUGCAAGUAAGUCACCAAUGGUGCACAAGAGGGUUGCUGACUUGCAGCUCAGGACGCGGUACAAAGCUGCAAUUGUUGCAGUUCAUCGGUAUGGGACAAGGCUAAACAGUGCAAUUGGCGACAUCGUAUUGGAGGCAGGCGACUCUUUGCUGUUGGUGGCUGAUGGGAGCGAGUUUGUGUGCAAACACCGGAACAAUUCUACGUUUGCCCUCGUUUCGAAGCUUCCUGGUUUUACACCAGUACAGCGCCAAAAGGCAGGCAUAGCGGCAAUAUUUGUCCUGACCAUGGUUGUUGCAAGCGCAUUUCCGAGCGUUCCUCUUAUAACUGCUGCCCUAUUCACAUCAGCGGCACUUCUGUUGUCGGGAAGCAUGACGUCACGAGAUGCAAUGGAUUCGCUGGAACUUCCGGUUUUGAUCAUGAUUGCUGCUGCAUUUGGGAUAUCGGAAGCUCUGGUUCAAAGUGGUGCAGCAGACCUUGUUGCUCAGGUCUUGAUGGGCUUAUCCGGUGGAACACAGAUUGGCCUGCUAACCUGUACUUAUGUGGCAACGACGGUUUUCUCUCUGGCUAUUACAAACAACGCUGCAGUGACAAUUAUGUUUCCAGUAGCACUUGCGGCUGCACAACAGCAGGGUCUAGAUUUUAGGCCAUUUGCCUACAUCCUAAUGAUGGCUUCGUCUGCGGGCCUCAUGACUCCCACUGGUUGCGCAACAAACAUUAUGGUUUACAACCCUGGAGGUUACAAGUUCGUUGAUUACAUUGCAUUUGGAGGACCUCUGCAGAUUGUGCUUCUGAUUGUGACUGUUGGCGUGACCCUCACGUUGAGGUUCUGGUGGAUAUGGUGGACUGUGCUCAUUGGUGGUACUGUCUUGGUUACACCAAUUCUUGCGCGCCAGAGAUGGAACCUCCCACACAUUUCACGUGUGUUUCAUGAUGAUGCACCUGAAGUUCCACUUUCAAGCAUUACGGAACACGAACCUGCUACUAUCUCGGUGGCAACGGAGGGAGGUGGUUCAAGCCCAAGGGAGUCUUCACACAGUACCGCUGCUGUUCCUCCUGAAGAUGUGCUGGUGCCAGUGGCUGGCAUGGUGGGAGGAGAGUUGGCAGCGAUGAUCAGCAGCACGAGGGCGUGCGUGUAUGAGGCCACGGAGUUCUUUGUGGCGUGGCAAGGCGUCCUCACGGUGGCUUAUUCAGGAAUUCCUCCUGCCCUCUGUGAGCUGAAAGAUCGCAUGGGAGGAGCAUUGCAGAGUAUGGUGCCCGAGAAUCCUGGGUCGCGAUGGCCAAAGACGACCCUGGCGUGUCUGCGGGACGACCAGAGGCUCACACCUGAGCAGCUAUCCACCCUGAGGGACAUCUGCAGCACAAUGAGCUUUCAGCUGGCACUCGCCCCGCCUGUGGUGGUGGACACCCUCUCUGUGGUGCUCUACGAGAACUGCUGCCUUGAGAAGCUGAUCACUGCCACGCACAUUCCCUUGCAGCAUCCUGUAGACCCCUCACCCCCGUCGCUCGAGCAGCGGCAGUACGUGCGUGGUGUGGUGGACGAAUUUGGAUCCAAGAACCUUGCAAAAUACUGGCUGCAUGCUUCAAAAGAUGGCAAUCGAUCGAGCCACUACCGCAAGCCGAAGAUGGGAGCCACGGUGGUUCACUUCCUGGCACCCCACGAGGUGCCUGCAGCUCUUUCUGUCUUCAGGCGUCUGGUGGACACUGCCCUGCCGGGCCUUUACGAGUGGUUCUCAGACGACUCCCUACAUAUCACUCUCCGUGCCCUUUGUUGA